AUGAAAGAUAUAGCUUAGAAAAGAAAAACGUAAGAAGUUUAAAAAGUGUUUGUUCCUAAUUAUACUUCUGAAAGAGAAAUCUAAAAAAAAAGGGAAGAAUAAAGAAAAUAAUCACAAAGCACUAAAAAUUUAAGUUUCUCUUCUAUUAAGCCUAAAAAUAAAAAUAUUUUUGAAAAAAGUUAAGUAGAAUAUAUUUUAAACAGCUAAUCAAUAAUUAAAAAUAAACAAGUAGGUGAAUUAAUAUAAAAUGCUUCAUAAGAAGUUGAAAACAAAUAAUAAGCAAGUUUCAUAACACUUAAAAUUGAAUCUCUUUAAGAUCAGCUCAAAGAAAAGAGUGCCUUAAAUAAUUUGUAAAGCUUAUCAAAAAAUUCAUCAAAAAACUUCUAAGAUGCAUCUGUUUCAUAGAUAAUACAUAUAUUAGAUCAAGGGAAGUUACACUAGUAGUAUAAAGUAUAAACAAAUAGUGAUAAUUCAUAGAUUCCAACCCAAUUUUAAAAACAUAAUGAAGACACUAAAAAAUACAUAAAUUAGAUUAGUGAAUAAAAAACAGAUAAUUCAAAUGAAGAAGGUUAGUUAUCAUAACAAAAUGACAAUAAUAAGCCUUUUGUUGAUGAAAGUAAGAUUGAAGAAGAAGAAGAUAACAAAGAUAAGUAAGAAAGUGCUCUAAAGAGUCUUUAUUCAUUUUAAUAUUCUGGUAUAGAUAUUUAAUGCUUAGAGAAGAUACUAAAAUAACGAACUAAAAUUUCAGAAAAAACUAUACUAUCUUAAAAUGGAAAUUAAUUUGAAAAACUAGAUGCUAAAAAUACUGAAAAUAAUAAAACAAGUGAACCUCUCUAAUAUUACAAAAGGGAAAUUUAGAAAGAAAAUUAAAAUAAAGUUCCAUUUACAUUUAAAAUCAGACCAAAAAACUAGGUUAAUAAAACAAUUUAAAAAUAAAAAAUAAAUUUUUCAGCCUUGAUUGAUAAAAUAUUUGAAAAAUCGUCAGCUAGUAAGAUUGAAGGAUAAAUAAAAAAAGAAAAUUAAGAAGAAAAAAUAAGUAAAGAAGAAUCAGCUAUAAAUAAUAACAAUUUAACUGACCAAACCUUAAACUAUAUUUAAUAAAACGAAAAUAUGACUUAGAUUUAGGUUAAAUAUUAAAAUAAAGAUUUAGUUAUUAAGCUUCUUUCUAUUGAUGUUUUUCUUUCAGAUUCUAAUAAAUAAGAUACACUAGUUUUUAUUGUUGUAUAAGAUGUUUGGUAGGAUCUUUAUUUAAAAAAGGUAGAAGAUAUCCAAAAAGAUAAAUUUAAACUAUUCGCAACUCUUUCGCAUGAAUUGAGAACUCCUUUGAAUUGCUCUAUUUCUAUGCUUGAAGUGCUUAAGGAUGAAUUAAGUUAAAAAGAAAAUAACAAAUUUUGUAUAGAAGAAUACAUAAAUCCAGCAUUAUUUUCAAACAAACUACUUUUAAAUCAAAUUAAUGACAUUUUAGAUUAUGUUUAAAUGGAUUGUGGAAAAUUCAAAUACUCAUUCUUUGAUUUUAAUAUUGUAAAUCUUUUGAGAGAUUGUGGUAAAUUAGUUAGCAUGUAAGCUAAAAUGAAAAAUAUAUAGCUUUUACUAGCUUUCGAUUCAAAAAUAAAUCAAGAAAUAUGCUCUGAUCCAAAUAGAAUACGUCAAAUCAUACUUAAUUUUUUAUCUAACUCCUUAAAAUUUACUAAAUCAGGAGGUCAUAUUGAGUUAGGAUAUCAGCAAAUCAGUAAGGAUAUUUAUAAAAUUUAUGUGAAGGAUAGUGGUAUAGGAAUUACUUUAGAAAAUCAAUAAAAAAUAUUCGGAUUUUGCAAUAAAAUAAAGUAUCAAAGUAAAGAAGAGGAAUAAUUAAAUUAUUAAGGUUGUGGAUUAGGUUUAACUAUUUCUAAUUAAUUGGCUGAAGGAUUAAUAACAUCAGAUAAUUUUAAAGGAGGAAUAUCUGUAGAAUCAGAAUACGGAGUAGGCUCAAUUUUUAGUAUAUUAGUAGAAGAUUUGAAUCAUUUUUAUUAAAAUACAUAAUAAUCUAAACUAAAUUCUUUGAAAUAAAUUAACUAAAGAAAGAGUAUAAAAUCUUCUUAAAAUAGAAUUGAUUACCAAAGAAAUUCAAUAAAAAAUGUUUAAUAUCUAAAGCUUAAUAGUAAUAUUAGCUAAAUUAAUGAGUAAAAUGCAGAAUAGUCAGUAGUCACUACAAAAGGAAAUGAUGAAUUAGAAAAUAGCUAGAUUGAAGAAUUAAAUAAAUCAUUGCAUCCUUUCAUUUAAGGAAAUGAUUUAUUUGCAUUUGACAAAAGCUAAAAAUGUUUGGAUAAAUACGAAAUGAACAAUCUUAAAAAUUUAGAGAUAAAUUCAGAUAAUUUAAAAUCUAUAUUUUAAGAAAAUAUUUAAAUUGCUAGUUCCUCCUAGAUCAUAGAUGAUGCAACAAAUUAAGAUUAUAGACUUACAAUAAAUAGGCCAUUUUAUAUUCAAUAAAAUAGAAAGUUUCAAGAAGAGGAAAUGUAUGAUUUUAAAAAUAAUUAACUUCAAAAUUGUAUUGCAUUAAAGCUAUAACCAUGCAGUGUUCCAUUUAAAAGUUAAAAUUCAAAAUAUACACAAAAGAUUUUUGAACAAUCUAACAAUAAUAAGCUUGAAUAAACUAUUUUAAAAAAUAACUCAUAUAAAUAAAUUACAAACUAAAAUAGUAAUUAAGAUCUUUAAAAUCAGAUUAAUAAAAAAUCUAGUAGUUUGAUAUAGGAUAACAUAUAGUAAUUGUAUGAAAAUACAUAAAUCACUAUUGAAAAUAUGGUAGACAGUGAAAUAAAAAAAAUGGGAUCAGAAACUAGUUAUUUAAAUAAAAAAACAAGUACAUAAGGAAGUUUGUAAAAUUGGACUUAAAGAAAAUCUAUUUCGAUUUUUAAAUAGAAAUAGGAAUCAAGAGAAGAAAAUAUUUGUAAUGAAUAAGAAGGAUUUAAUUCUUAUGCGGUUAAUAAAUAAAUAGAAGGAUCGCGUUUAUCAACUUCAAAAAUUACAAGCUCUUCAUUAAUUAAUGAAAAGUAAAGUAAAAUGAUUUGCUUUUUUAAAUCAAAUUUAACUUCAAACAAAAGUACUACUGAAGUCGAUAAUAUGAUUGAUAUUAAUAAAAAUGAUAUUUUAAUUCCAACUUCUUAGCAAUUUUUGGAAGAAGUUUUAGAAUUUAACAUAAACAAAAAAAAGAAAUGCUAAUGCCCUUAAAUUAUGAUUGUAGAUGAUAAUCAAUUUAACUUAUAUGCUCUACAAAAAAUUAUAUAAUAAUUUUAAUUUAAUCUGACUACUUUAUCUGAUGGUGAUUAGGCUAUAGAAGCUAUUAAGAAUUAAUACUAUGAAAAUUGUUGUCCUUCUCCUAAUAUGAUUUUGAUGGAUAUUGAAAUGCCGAUUAAAAAUGGUUAUGAAACAGUUAAAGAAAUAAUUUAAUUUUAUAAAACUGAACAAUAUAAAAGUAUUCCAGUUAUUGUUGCAUGCACUGCGUAUGUAGGAUAAGAAGAUUAUGAAAAAUCAAUUGAAUCUGGAAUGGAUGAUUUUAUAAAUAAACCUAUUUUAAAGAUGGCUUUCAAAAAUUUGAUUUAAAACUAUAGAUAUUAAUUUUUUAAUAGAUAUUGA